CAAAUUAUUUGACCCGGAUGUGAAGACAGGAAGCGGAAGCAGCAGUUGCCUCGCACGUGAAAAGUCCUCUCCCAAAACACUGCUCGAGCAAGAUGGACAGCAUCGAUGUGCCCUUGACGCAGCAUGUCAAAAGCAAGAAAAAGAAGAAUAAAAGUGGUGAGACGAAGGGUGCGGAACAUCCAGGCAAGAUGGAAACCGGCGGCAUCGAGGUGAAAGAAGAGAAGACUGAGGCGGGGGUCUCCUUCCCACCGACGUUCAGUGUGUCUGAAAUCAAGAAUAAACAGCGAAGACACUUCAUGUUUAUGAAACUAAAGCAGGAGAAAAGAAAGCAAAAGAUGGAGCUUAAGAAAAAGAGGAAAAGACAAGAAAAACUUUUGGGCGACAAGGCACCACCUAAACAAGUCCCCAAGACAAUAGAAAACCAGAGAGUCUACGACGAAACGACAGUUGACCCGGAAGAUGAAGAGAUUGCGUUUGAUGAGGCAACAGAUGAAUUUUCUGCCUACUUCAAUGGCCUAACGAACCCCAAAGUGCUCAUCACAACGUCAGACAGACCCAGGGGGAGGACGGUGAAGUUCUGUGAGCAGCUGCGCACUGUUAUCCCAAACGCUCACGUCUACUACAGAAGAGGCUUGGCCCUGAAGAGGGUCAUUCCCCAGUGCAUCGCCAGGGACUUCACAUACCUCAUCGUCAUUAACGAGGACCGCAAAGUGCCGAAUGGUUUGGUUCUUUGUCACCUCCCUGAAGGGCCAACUGCACACUUCAAGGUCAGCAGUGUUCGACUACGGAAGGAGAUGAAGAGACGAGGUAAGGACCCAACCGAGCACACUCCAGAAGUGAUCCUGAACAACUUCACUACACGUUUGGGCCACAGCAUCGGCCGGAUGUUGGCUGCUCUUUUCCCUCAAAAUCCCCAGUUUGUGGGUCGCCAGGUUGCCACCUUCCACAACCAGAGAGACUUCAUCUUUUUCCGAUUUCACAGAUACAUCUUCAAGAACGAGAAGAAGGCCGGCAUUCAGGAGCUGGGACCUCGCUUCACUCUUAAGCUUCGCUCUCUGCAGAAAGGCACCUUCGAUUCGAAGUUUGGCGAGUAUGAGUGGGUCCUCAAGCGCCAUGAAAUGGAUGCCUGCAGGCGGAAAUUCCAGUUGUGAAGGCAAAAUCAUCUCUUCUGUGAUUACGCAAGGACAACUGUUUAUCCCACAGUUGUUUGUGGUGUCACUCAUAAUGACUGUGUUGUGAUUUUCGUGGCACUUGACUUAUAUUGGGCUAACUGUUCUAUAUGAGGUUUUUCUUUGUUUUAAAACCAGAUAACAGGAAAAUACAAUUUUUAGAGCGCAAGAGUGAAAUGUGUGAAUAUUUAUUCUUUAAGUCAACCAUGAUAACUGUACAAUUAACAAGGCACGUGUUGGGAGGUAUAUGGUUAUUUUUUGUACACAAGGUCCUUGGUUUAUGAUGCUCCCGACAUAAUGUUUCGAGGUUAUGAACGGCGAAGUGGCGAAAGAAUACAUUGUCACACGGCAUAAUUACAUAAUUACUUUACUGUUUUUUAUUUGAUGGGCUUGUAUUCAUGGCCUAGGAGUCUUUCACACAAAUAUUUACUCUUGAGAUUUCAAGGAUACGAAUGGCUUGUGAUUAACUGGUAGUUUGUGCAGCAGAGGAAGAAUAUGUGGUCAUGCAGCACAAGAUCUGCUCAGUCAUAAUUACUCUUUUGCAUGUUUAUAUGUAUGAACUAGAAAAAAAAAUCAUACACACAUUUAUGGGGGGAAAAACUGGUUAAGUCGCCACUCUUAACCGAGGAUCCCUUGUAUGUUGUUUUUAAUCAUGCAUUAAAUUUGUGGCGAAAAGGUA